AUAAAAUUUGUCUUUAUAACGAAUAAUUAAAUAAAAAAUAAAAAAGAUCCGAUUUAGGAAUAUAAAUACAGCUGUCAAAAAAUUGGUAAGAGUAGAUUUAUCUGUAGUUGCCUCUAGCAAAGGGAAAUCUAGAACAAAAAUUGUCAGAUACGAAUACGUAGGAGGAGUUGUGGGAUGAAAUAUGAAUGAAUCAAUGGCUUCCGUGUAAUCGUAAGCGAAACCCAACUCAUACGCACACUCUCUCUUCCUUCCUUUAAAUCCUUCUUUCAUCUAUGGGCCAUCCACCGAAUCCCCUACCCUUUUGAAUUUUUUUCUCUCUAUCUCUCCAUCUCCAAUUUCACCUCCAACCGCCUCUCUUUUCAUCGGAAUAUACCUUUCGAGUUUCAUCCACCGUCGAAAAAAUGUUCAUGAUUCAUUUCAUCUCAGCUUCUUACACUGAAAAAUUAUUGCUCACAGUUGAGAAUUAGUCAUAAGAUAUGGGGCAUCGGCAUCUUUUCAGCCCAUCAUACAUGCUUGAAACUGAGAAUGAUCAAAGCUGGAACUUAACAGAGCAUCCAUACAUGCAUACUGCAAGAAAUGUGACUAGUGAAAGCACUUCUCUCAUAUAUCCAGAUAACAUGUCAAUUGAUGGAGCACAAUACACUCACUAUUAUAGAAAUCAAGCAUCUUCAUCAAAUUACAAUGGGACAAACAAUCCUUUCAAUGAAGAUUUAUUCAAUGCAAGAGGUCAUUAUAAACGCAAAAGCCCUGGUGUUCCAGAUACAAACAAUGGAAGUUCUUCUGAUGUCACAAUGCUCACUGAACCAUGGCAAGAAACUCCAAGCAUAAACUUUCUUCAUGCCCCUUGGGAUUAUAAUAAUAACACAACAAACCCUGAUCAUCGAAUCAAUGGCAAUAAUAGUCUUUCGAUUGGUGAAAGCUCUAGAAAUGUGAGGAGUAGGGGGAUGUUUGACUUGGAAGCAAACUCCUCAAGAACACAUUUGACCAGUAAUUUGUCACGUGACUAUUUUACAACCAGUAGGCCCAUGGAUGUUUCAGCUCCGAUGGAUCUAAACGGGUUGACCCGGGAUUGGAAUCCAACUGUUCAUGAAAGCAGUUCUCUCAAUUGUGAAUUGAACCCUUUUCUUGAAGGAAACAGUAACCCUAGUUCUUCAUUAGACAUUUCACAACAACAACAACAACAACAACAAAACAACAACAACAGUCUUGUUACAAGAAACAAUCAUGUUCUUGAAAAUUUUCAGAGCACAUCAUCUGUUAGAGGAAUUCGAAGCAACUAUAGUCAAAGGCCUGGGUCAACUUUCAGGGUGUCUUCUACUUCUAGCAACUUGCGAUUAGGGCAUAAUACAGAUGAAGGGUUACAAUUAGCCACAAGUAAUUAUUCUUCAAGAAAUUUAAGACCUUCUUCUUCUUCUUUCUCUUCUUCUACUUCUUCUUCUUCUUCCACCAUUGGGUGGCAUAGUAGUAAUAACGACAGGAGUGGAAGGGCAAGAUUGUCAAAUGAAAGAUAUCGCUCUUUUUCUGGGGUCAAUUUCCAUGAUCGACCACAACCAGAGGGUCUUGUGAUUGUGGAUCGAUCGGGUUUUUAUGGAUCAAGAAAUCCAUUUGAUCAACAUCGGGACAUGAGACUUGACAUAGAUGACAUGAGCUAUGAGGAGCUUCUUGCACUUGGGGAAAGAAUCGGAAGUGUAGCCACUGGUCUCCCUGAUCAUCUUAUCUCAAAAUGCAUUCAAGAAUCAAUCUACUGUUCUUCAGAUCAAAUACAAGAUGAAGCCACCUGUGUCAUUUGCCUUGAAGAGUAUGCGAAUAUGGAUGAUAUUGGGAUGUUAAAAGCUUGUGGGCAUGAUUUUCAUGUUGGGUGUAUCAAGAAAUGGUUGUCCAUGAAGAACGUGUGUCCCAUUUGCAAAGGGGAACCUGUGAAACAGAAAUGAAAAUAAAAUUAUUAUUGUAAAUAGAUUUGUAAAAUGGUGGGAUUCUGAUUUUUAAAUCUUAAUAAUGUGGUCAACAUUCUGCAUUUAUGACAAUCAUGAUGCUGUUUGUGUCCUUGGUUAUUUGUAUGUGUAUAUAUUUAUAUAUUUUAAAUCGUAUUACAAGUUAUAUCGAAUUAAGAAUGGUUUUUUAAUUGUUAUGUGUGACAGGAUACGAGAGAAGAUGUAAGUCAAAGGGAUGUGGGAGUACUAGAAAGUCGUAAGGAAAAGGUUGAAAUUUAGGUAUGAUGCUUGAUAAAAUUUAGGGUUGGUGUAGUUUGACAAAAUAUGAAAGAAUAAAGUUAAUGCAACCUUUUAGCACAAUGUGAAAGGUAUAUUGUGAAGUUAGUUGGAUAGAAAGUAAAGCUAAAGAUAAAUUGACAUUAAGAAAUUAAUCUUUGGGAGGUUUAGAUUAAGAGAUAUUUUUGGAAAAUAAAG